CUGGGGAACUCUUGGUAGAAAGGUUGGUGGCUCUGGUGGGGGGAGGGGGUGGGGAGGUAGAGGCUUACUAGGUGGCAAACUCCGUACCGGAGCAUGGAGGCUGAGGCAGUCCGCGGAGUCACAGAGGCUUACCCUGUGGACAUCCUGGAGGAUGACGCGGAGGGCUAUCAGGCAGCAGCCGAGGCUUACUAUGAGAUGCUCAGGGAAGGAGCCCAGACCUCAGCAGAGGUUAUCUCCCUUUCCACUGGGGAGCAGGUCAGACUUGAGACUUCAUCUCUUUGUUUUUGCACGAUAUACCGUGAUGAACCUCAACAUAAAAUACUGGGUUUGGUUAAUCCCCAGGACACAAAGACAGUUGUGGCUGUUUACUUAAAGGAAUCCUGGUGGUCCAUCGAAGACAUCCUAAGAACUUCUGAUCCCACGCGGGAAGGGCUCAUGAAGCUGCCUGGAAGUCAGUAUUCUGCUAGCAGCCUUCAGAUGAAGAUGUAGAACUCUCAUCUCUGCCUGCACAAUGCCUGCCUGGAUGCUGCCAUGCUCCCACUUUGGUGAUAAAGGACUGAAUCUCUGAACCUGUUCAGUCCUUUGGGGAAAGGAUUGUUCUCUUUGUUCUCAACGUCAUUGUUUUUGGAAGACUGGAGAGAAGGCUGCACAUCGAUGACAUGUUUUUCUUACCUCACCCUGCGAAGGAGCAAGCUAAGAUUCUGUGGAAAGAUGGAGCCGCGGUUGCAUUUUACUCAGUCAAAAUGAAAGGCAGCCUCUGUGGUGAUGGUACCGGCACAUGCUACCUGCUGCCUGUCUUGGACACCGUGUUUGUGAGGAGGAAGAACCGUUGCCAAGGCCUGGGGACAGCCAUGCUGAGGGACUUCUGUGACACCUUUCAAGGAGACGAAGCUCUGGGUAUCAGUUGUCCGAUAUCUCCUGCAAUGUACAGAGUCCUCAGGCAGUUCCUGUUGACCUGUCCAGGCGAGAGAGGGCGCUUGUGGGAGGUGGAGCCCCCGGGGGCCUGGGGCCAGCAGCGUGUUAACAUCUGGCUCAAGGUUUAUCUUCAGGAGCGGAGACUUCAAGAUGGGAGCACCGUGCACCCUAAAUGUUCUGAAGAGGACACGGACACUCCCGGGCAGGCUUCUCAGGAGGAUGGACCCACACAGUUUAAUCAUGGAGAAAGCCACAAGGAGUGGGCUGUUGGAGAACCGGAGAGGACACAGAAUGGCCGACGCUGUGCGCAAGUGUGUGAGGAAGCGCGUCAGGUGUGAACUCGGCACCUAACUCCUCAGAGGGCCGUCUGGCUUCUCCAGGAUCUGAGCCUGAGGGUUUUUAUACGGCCCUGAAUAGUCUCUGGUCCUGAGGAUGGCGAUCGUUAUCUCUGGCUCCCCUGGUAGGCUCCGGAACAACAGGGUCUGAAGAAGUGCUUGGGUGAGCCAGAUACUCAAUGGGAGCCACUUUUGCAGGCCAACUGUUGGCAGAUGCAGGACUUUAGAACGUCAUUCAUUAAAAUGACCAUUGCUUCCACUCCCCAGGAGAAUAGGAGGGAGAUGCGUGGGACCCUGUGAAUGAAUGAACACACUUCCCCUUAGUGGAAAUGGGCUCAGAGAUGGACCAUGGUUCCCAUCCAUGAUGUACAUUCAGCCUUGUUGUAACCUCAGAGCUCCACAGUGGAGUUUUCAGGGAGACAAGUUCCAUCUCUGGGGACUUGUCAGUCACUUCUGAGCUCCUUGAGGACACACACCAGGGCUGGAUAAUGUCAACCAUGCCAGGGCCUGAUGGUGGCCACUGUGGGCCUUGGACUGCAUUAGGCUCAGUGUACUGCCCAUGUUGCCUUCAGUGCCAUCGGGUCCAGAUGUCUGCAUUCGGGGGAGGAUUUCUACCUGAGAAAGUGGGCCCGACACUUUAUGUUCCCUGAAUGCUCAGCAACAUAUGCUGUGGGGUCUUAUAUUUGUCAAAGCGUGCAGCUCUUUGCUCAUUUCUACAUACAUGCACACAUGCAUGUGUGCACACAUACUUCUCUCAUUUUCUCUCUCUCCUCUUUCCUUCACCUCUUCUCUUCCUCUCUCCCCUUUCCUCUACCCAUUUAUCUGUAUAUAUAUGUGUGUGUAUGUACACACACACACACACACACACACACGUUGUGAUUGUUUGUAUAUGCUAGGCCCAGGAAAUGGCACUUUUAGAAGGUGUGGCCCUGUUGGAGUAGGUGUGUCACUGUGGGUGUCUGGCUUUAAGACCCUCAUCCUAGCUGCCUGGAAGCGAGUAUUCUGGUAGCAGCCUUCAGAUGAAGAUGUAGAACUCUCAGCUCUGCCUGCGCCAUGCCUGCCUGGAUGCUGCCAUGCUCCCACCUUGAUGAUAAUGGACUGAACCUCUGAACCUGUAAGCCAGCCCCAAUUAAAAAAAUUUUUUUAAAUAAGACUUGCCUUAGUCAUGGUGUCUGCUCACAGCAGGAAAACCCUAACUAAGACACACACACAUAUAUCAUACAUAUACAUAUCUACACAACCACACACACAUGUACACUCACACAUACAUUCUAUUUCCUUUGAUUCACUGCUGUAUCCCCUACCAGCCUGUCCUCUCUUGUUCCUUCCUUUCUCCACCCAUCCAGCAUGCUUUCUGCGGGACAAACUCUGUGUCGUGCUUGGGACAUUAAACUGAGGCUUGGUUUCAGCCUCAGGGAGCUGCUCUCUCUGGGUGGGCUGCCCUGAGUGUCUCCUGCAGUUUCUCUUCGUCUCACACACAUUGCAAAGAGGGAGGGGCCCGACUGUGAAGAAGCAGAACUUGCAGCUCCAUACAGGGACAUCACGAGGACCCCGUUUGCAUAUGGGGGUCUGUGAAGGAAGCCCGGACCACAGACAUGGACUGAACAUCUGAGGGGUGCUUUGUGUGGGACCCCACACAUUCUUUAACAUGUAGUUCAUGUGUUGUGAGGAUUUCUUGUUUUCUGUUUAUAUGAAAAUUAACUCAUAAGUAUCUCUGUGAUUUAGUAACAUUAUUGCUCAAUAAAGACCUUCCACAUGUUAA